GCAAACAGAUAAUCAUAAAAACAAACGAGUCGUUCGCAAGCAUUCAAUAAAAGAACAUCGUUUUACAUUGUGUCUUUCUAUGUGGAAUUAUUAUGCACAUUAUGGAAGAAACGGGCGACUUAUCAAUCUUAUACCAGGACCAGUAGGUUUUCCGAUUCUUGGAAAUGUAUUGCAAUUUCUUGGUUCACAAGAGGAAAAAUGGAAAAUUCUGACUACUCUUAAUGAACAGUACUAUCCCAUUUUAAAAAUUUGGGGAUUCUUUCUGCCUGCUAUAUGCAUCCGUCAUCCAGAUGAUUUAGAGAUAAUAUUAGGCAGCUCGCAACACAUCGAAAAGGGUAUGAUUUAUGAUUUUAUAAAACCUUGGCUCGGUACUGGUCUUCUCACUAGUGGAGGUAAUAUAUUAACAUAACUAAGAAUACAUUAAACAC